AUUGUCGAUGAAUACCUCAAGACGAAUACUGAGCAUGUCUGGGCUGUUGGAGACGCGGUGGAGGUGAAGAACCCCAUUGUUGGAGGCCAGUGGGCUGUGCCGCUCGCUGGUCCAGCCAACCGUCAGGGUCGCAUGGCAGCCGACAACAUCUAUGGAAAGAACCGCAAGUUCAAGGGAACUUACGCGGCCGCAGUUGUGCGCUCCUUUGACUUGAUAGCUGCUGCUGUUGGAAUGAACGAGAAAAUGCUUCGGGCCCAGAGACUACCGUACAAUGUGGUUCAUGUCCACCCGGGAAGCCAUGCUGGAUACUAUCCUGGAGCCAAGAGUAUCAACUUGAAGGUGCUCUUCAAUCCAGAGGACGGAAAGAUCUACGGAGCCCAGGCUGUCGGGGAAGAUGGCGUAGAGAAACGCAUUGAUGUGAUUUCCACCGCCAUGCAAGGCGGCUUGACGGCAGAAGAUUUGGCAGAGCUGGAACUCUGUUAUGCUCCACCCGUUGGAUCGGCCAAAGACCCAGUUAAUAUUGCCGGUAUGGCAGCACAGAACAUCAUGGACGGAUUUGUAAAGCAGAUCCAAUGGGACCAACUUGAGGAUGCACAGAACGAUCCCGACACGGUUAUCCUGGAUGUUCGCAACCCGGGCGAAGUUACCGCCGGUGAGUUGGUCAACGGUGCCCUUCAGAUCCCGCUUCCUGAAUUGCGUGAUCGCCUGGGCGAGGUGCCUACCGACAAGAAGAUUGUGGUGUCGUGUGCCUCCGGGCAACGAGCGUACUAUGCCUGCCGCAUUCUCCAGCAGACUCCUGGUUUGGAGGGCAAGGUGUUCAACCUCAGUGGGGCAUUCAAGACGUUCAAGACGACCCCAACGUUCCUCUCUCGUAGCUAG